UUUCAGGAAACUUAAGUCAGUAACAAUGUCGCAUUUCAUGGAUUUAGAAGCUGAAGAGAGUGAGGAUGAUGAUGCAGAGUACAAUGAAAAUGAAAAAAAAAUGUUGAAGAAGUUAAAAACAUCAAAGGUUGUGGACUCUUCCGAAGAAGAAGAAGACGAUAAUGAAUCAGAAGAAAAUAAAGGCUUUAUUAAUGAUGACGAUGAGGAAGAUGAUGAUGAUGCUGGCUCUGAUUCGGAUAGUGAUGGGGACACCAAAGGUAAACGACGGAAGAGAGACGAUGACGACGACGAUGAUCUGAAUGGGGAUAAUCUGGAUGAUGAUGAUUUAGAUCUCAUUGAAGAAAACAUUGGUGUAAAACUCGACCGGAAAAAAAAAUUCAAACGACUGAAGAUUGAUGAUGAAGAUUCAGAUGUUGAGGUAGAUGUCCAAGGCCAGAUUAGGAGAGACCUGUUUGAAGGAUCUGGAGAUGAAGAGGACGAAGGUGGGACAGGGUCCCAUGCACCACAGCAGCAUGAAACAUAUGCCUCAGAGGAAGAAGAUGAAGAUUCUGACGGUGAAGGCAACUUCAUUGUGGAUGAUGAUGGACAGCCCAUCUCCAAGCCUAAAAGGAAAGGAUUGGGUGACGAAGGCCUGGAAGCUGCCCGUGACAUUUUUGGUUGUGACUUCGAUUAUGGAGAAUUCGAUCAGUAUGAAGACUGGGAGGAAGGUGAAGAGGACGAAGAAGAUGAAGAUGAAGACUAUGAAGAUGAUGAUGAGGAUGGUAGAGAACGUCGUCGUUCUCGUAAGGAAAGAAAGACAGUGAAGAAGUCGAUCUACGAGGUAUUCGAGCCUAUUGAGUUGGAGCGUGGCCAUCUUACUGAUCAAGAUCAACAGAUUAGGAAAUUGGACAUACCAGAAAGAUUCCAAUUAAGACAGAUUCCAGUAACACGAACUAGGAAUGAAGGAGAUGAUAGGGCUUCUGAUAAGGAGCUUGAUCAAGAGGCCAAAUGGAUUUAUCAUCAUGCUUUCUAUAAGCCUUUUAUUUCUAAUCAGGAGGGACGAGAAGAACGCCGACAUCGUCGUGAUUUCAACAUGAUCAAAAAGAUCUACAAUGCCCUGGAUUUGAUGAGAAAUUCUACUUGUGAAGUUCCUUUCAUUGCAUUCUAUAGGAAAGAGGAAGUCCAGCCGGAAUUGAAUAUCCAUGAUCUCUGGAAAGUCUAUCGUUGGGAUGAAAAGUGGUGUCAGUUGCAACGUCGGAAGGAAAAUCUUCGAACUACUUUCCAAAAGAUGUCAGAGUACCAAGGAGAUAUUAUUAUGAAAGACCUUGAUGCUCCAUUGCCAGAUUCUUUCCGUAUGCUGAGUGAAGAAGACAUUGAGAGGAUAGAGGAAAUUGAGACAUCAGAGCAAUUCAAUGAUUGCUACAAACAGUUUCUCUUGUAUUAUGGGAAGGACCAAGCUGAAAUGCGGGCACAUAUCAAGGCAAAACAGAAAGAAAAGAGUAGUACAACUCGAGUAACAAGAACAAUUAAGGUAAUGAAAAAAGUCAAAAGAAAAAAGAAGAAAAAGAAGAACUUGAUCAUAGAGGAUGAUGAUGAAGAUGAAGCGGAAAAUGACAAGGAAAAAGAAAGUUCCGAGGCAGACGGAGAAUCGGGAGAUAAAGAAAAGGAUGAAGAUAAGGAGAAAUCUGAAGAUGGUGCUGACAAAGAAAAGAGUGAAGGGGAUGUGGAGAAAGAUAAAGAAGAUAAGGAAAGUGAAGACAAUGAUGUGGACAGUACCAAGAAAGGAAAAUCAAAAGAUGAUGAUGAUGAUGAUACAGAAUCAGAGGAAGAAGUGGAGACAGAGGUUGAGGAGGAAGUUGAAGAUGAAGUUCAGGAGCCAGAAGAAGAUGCAGAAGACUUGAAGAAGGCAGUUCGUCGUCAUGAAUAUGAAUUAUUAAGAAAAGCAGGUAUUGACAGUUUGGCCAAAAAGUUUGGUCUCACUCCUGAACAGUACAGUCAUAAUGUUCGAGACAGUUAUCAACGUUAUGAUGUUGAGCAGUGCCAAGAGGAGCCUUUGAAGGAAGCAGAAAAAUAUAUUAAUAAGAUGUGUAGUACUCCAGAAAGGGUGCUUGAAGCAGCCGUCAGGAUGGUUGGUUGGCAGUUGGCCUGUGAACCUUUAGUGCGGAGAAGUAUCCGCGAGACCUAUUUUGAAAGGGCUAAAAUCAAUAUCAGACCAACUCCUCAUGGCAAGAAGUUGAUAGAUGAACAUCAUCCUCUGUAUUCACUUAAAUAUGUGACUAGCAAACCUGUGACAGAUUUACAAGGAGACCAAUUCCUACGCCUAAAGUGUGGUGUUGAAGACAAGCUAGUAACAGUUACCUUUGCUGAUACUGUGGAAGGCAAUACUUCAAGGAAUUAUUUAGAUGAACUGAAGCAGCUCUAUUAUCGUGAUGAGUUUUCUAAAAUAGUACAGGAUUGGAAUGAAUUGAGAGGUAGAGCUGUAACUUUUGCCUGUAAACGUGUUAUUGAGGACUUGAAAAGAGAACUUUCCCAGCGAUUGUUAGAGGAAGCAAAACUUCAUGUUAUUGAACAAUGUUGCAGUAAACUUUACAACUGGAUCAAAGUAGGUCCUUAUAACCCGGGUGAUUUUACAGAUGAAGAUGAAGAUGACUGGGACACUUCAAAAGGGUUCCGUGUGUUUUCAAUUGCUUAUGUUCCAGAUUUGUCCCAGGCUGCCUUUGGUAGCUGCAUUGACAUAGAUGGGGAUUGUUGUGAGUACAUUCGUCUCCCUCACCUGCUCAAACGACGUGAUGCUUACAAUGAACGAGAUGCCAUGGCCAAAGAAAAUGACAUCCGUAGAAUACAAGAUUUUAUAAUGCGCCGUAAACCACAUGUUGUGGCAGUAAGUGGUGAGUCUCGAGAAGCUCUUAUGGUGCAGGAAGAUUUGAUCCAAAUUCUGAAAGAUUUAGAAGAGCAGGAACAAUUUCCGAAAAUUAAUGUUGAGAUUAUUGAUAAUGACUUAGCUGAUAUUUAUUCCAUAUCCAAGAAAGGUGAAGCAGACUUCCUUGAUUAUCCUCCUUUACUCCGCCAGGCAAUAUCUAUUGGUCGCAGAGUUCAAGACCCAUUGAUUGAAUUCUCACAGCUUUGUAACCAUGAUGAUGAGUUGCUCAAUUUAAAGUUCCAUUCUCUGCAGUCACAAAUAACAGACGCUGAACUUCUGGAUGCACUGUACAUAGAAUUUGUUAAUCGCACAAAUGAAGUUGGUGUAGAUUUGAAUCGUGCUGUGGCUUAUCCUUAUACACAAAAUCUAGUGCAAUUCAUUUGUGGGUUAGGUCCACGAAAGGCAAAUCUUCUCUUGAAGACAAUGAAGCAGAAUAACCAGCGUCUUGAAAAUAGAAAUCAAUUGGUUGUGAACUUCCAUAUGGGUCCAAAAGUAUUUAUUAACUGUGCAGGUUUUAUAAAGAUUGAUACAAACGCCUUGGGUGACAGUGAAAAUUAUAUUGAAGUUCUAGAUUCUACAAGAAUUCACCCAGAAGCCUAUGACUGGGCUAGAAAGAUGGCUGUCGAUGCCUUAGAGUAUGAAGAUGAAGAAGGCAAACCAGCUGAAGCUCUAGAAGAGAUUUUGGAAACUCCCGACCGCCUUAGUGAACUUGACCUGGAAGCCUUUGCUACAGAACUUCAGAAUCAGGGCUUUGGCAAGAAAAACACCACCUUGUAUGAUAUCAGGCAUGAGUUGAAUUAUAGAUACAAAGACUUCCGAACCCCAUAUCAAUCUCCAACUGCAGAUGAAGUCUUUAAUAUGCUGACUAAAGAGUCACCUGAAACCUUCUAUGUAGGGAAGUUGGUGCAAGUGACAGUAACUAACUUUCUUCAUAGAAAACCACGUGGAGAUCAACUUGACAAUGCAAAUCCAGUCAGAAAUGAAGAUACUGGCCUCUGGCAGUGCCCUUUCUGUUUGAAAAAUGACUUCCCAGAACUCAGUGAAGUGUGGAAUCACUUUGAUGCGGGAGACUGUCCAGGUCAAGCAAUAGGUAUAAGGGUGCGUCUAGAUAAUGGGAUUUCUGGCUUUAUCAACAUAAAAAAUUUGUCUGAUAAGACUGUCACGAAUCCUGCUGAAAGAGUAAAGAGAAGGGGUCUUGUUUUAUGUCGUAUCAUGAAAAUUGAUCCUGAAAAGUUUUCAGUUGAACUUACUUCUCGUACGUCAGAUUUGCAGGAUCGUGACAACAAGUGGAAAGCACCAAAAGACCCAUACUAUGACCUUCAUUUAGAAGAGGAAGAUACAAAUGUUGAUAGACAAAAGAAAGAGAAGAGAAAAACCCAAUAUCAGAAACGUGUCAUUGCUCAUCCUGCCUUCCGUAAUAUUGAUUACAAUGAAGCAGAAAAAGUGAUGCAACAACUUGAACAGGGAGACGUCAUCAUUAGGCCAUCUAGUAAGGGAAAUGAUCACCUUACUGCUACAUGGAAAGUUACUGAUGGUAUUUGUCAGCAUAUUGAUAUUUUAGAACAGGACAAACAAAAUGAUUUCUCCUUGGGUCAGAAGCUAUGGAUUGGCAGUGAAGAGUUUGAAGACUUGGAUGAAAUCAUUACUAGGCACAUUUUACCAAUGGCAAGCAAUGUACGUCAGAUUUUAGAAUAUAAAUACUACAAGGAAUCUAUAAUGGGCAAUAAGGAUAAAGCAAAGGAGUUCUUGUUUAUGGAAAAGAAAAAGAGUCCAAAGAACAUACCUUAUGUUUUCUCUGGCAGGAAAGAUCUCCCAGGAAAGUUUAUGCUGUCAUAUCUACCUAGAGAUGUGGUUAAACAUGAGUUUGUCACUGUUAAUCCUGAAGGUUUUAGGUUCAGAGGAAAACUGCAAUACUCAAGCUUAGCUGGGCUUUUGAAGUGGUUUAAAAUAAAUUUCCGCAGAGCCAUUCCAACAACUCCAGGUAUGGUGUCAACACGUACGCCUUACAUGACAGGAACAACUCCAAACAUAAUGGCAGUUGAUCCUUCAACAAUUCAGAAAGUGGCUCAGAACCUCAAUCCUCACAUGUUGCAUAAUCUCUCCCAGGCAGCCACAAAUACUCCAUAUGGUGGCCAGACCCCAGGUGCCUUCUCUCAAGGAUAUUCUAACUAUGCCAACACACCUUAUACACCAUCUGGUCAAACGCCUUUCAUGACACCAUAUACUACGCCUGGUCCAUCUAACACCCCACGUUAUGGAGGAUCACAAACCCCAUCCUAUAACCCCGGAAGUCGAACUCCAUCUCAUCGUCCAUCUGGUGGAAUGACUCCUCAACAUUCACGAUCAGCGCCCUCUGCCAGCUCCCGCUCAGACCAAAUGGAUUGGAAAAUGGCAGCAGCUGCUUGGGUACAAGCUAAAGGAGGCAGUAGUAGUAAUGUUGGAAGAACGACUCCCAGACAUCAUGAUGCUGGUAGAACUACACCACGUUACAUGGAGUCUCGUGAUAAUAGGUAUCAGUCAAACUCUGGGUAUUCUGAAAGUGCAGGUCGUCACACACCAAGAUAUGGGGAUCGUACACCAAGAUCAUACCAUGAUUAUGAUAAUCCUAGGGCAAACUCUGCUCGCUCAACCCCUAAAACUAUCCAUUCUCCAACUAACAUGAGUAUUGGUGGUGACCAAACUCCUCUUUAUGAUGAGUAGAUCAGUAAUAUACUGAAUGGUUUUCAGUCCAUGCUUUUUAUUUCAUGCAAAUUGCUGUACAUGUUGAGCAUGUUAUCAUAUUCAAUUCUUUUUGUAAAAUAAAUUACUUUGGAUCAUUUAGUUGGCUCUUUUUGUAAGUGGAAACUUGCUGAAGAAUGGUGUUAUUCCUUUUCUUGAAUUAUAACCAUUCAUGUGUUUCCUUGUUUUUGUAAUUGUUAAUUAUCCCUAAAACUCUGUGUAGCUGGAAGGAAAAUAGUUUACUAUCUCAUGAAUAUCUUUUAUUUAGCAGGUGGAAAAAUAGUUUUCAUCAUAGUUUAUUAGAUCAGAUCUGUACAGCUAACUGCUUUGAGUGCAUUGUGAGAAACUACAUGUACUAUACACAUACUAUCAAGUUGAGUGGUAAUACCAUUUGCAUAAAAGAGUAACAUAUGAAGAUAAUGAAACUACCUUGCACUAGUUUAGGGUAAUUUUGAUAGCUCUUUGGGAGUAGUGUCAGUUUUCAGUGGAGACCAUGCAAGUCAUAUUAGAAAGUUGAAGCCUGUGCAGGCCUGCUGUGGUUGAGGGGUAUGCCAACAUGCCAGCUUGGUUACGUUUGUGAUAUAAAUACUGGUUAGAAAUUUUGGGCUUUUGUAACGUACUCGUGGAAUAAAUUUGAAAUUAUCAAUGACAGCCAAUGCUUGUUUCUGUUACAAGACUUAUACAGCACCCAUAGCAUUUACCAAUAUGUGAAGGGGUCACUGUGUCUCAUUUAGAAAGCUCAAAAUUUAUGUAAAUGGUUCAUAUAGAUAAGUUGUUGCAUAUUGAUCCCCAUCUUAAGCUGCUACCUAAAAAAAAAAAAAAAAAAAAAAAAAUAA